GCCGCAGAAGCUGGCUGAGCCCUGCCCAGCAGCAAGUGUGGGGUUGGGGGCGGGGGGCGGGGCUCAGCAGCCCGGGCGGCCAGGCCUGGACGGGGCGGGGGAGGCCAUGGCCUCCGCGGAGUUGCAGGGGAAGUACCAGAAGCUGGCUCAGGAGUACUCGAAGCUUCGAGCUCAGAAUCAGGUCCUGAAGAAGGGUGUUGUGGAUGAGCAGGCCAGUUCUGCUGUUCUAAAGGAGCAACUGAAAAUGAAGGACCAGUCAUUGAGAAAACUACAACAGGAAAUGGACAGUCUGACAUUUCGAAAUCUGCAGCUUGCCAAGAGAGUGGAACUCCUUCAAGAUGAGCUAGCACUAAGUGAAUCUCGAGGCAAGAAAAAUAAGAAAGGUGGAGAGCCUGCUUCUCAGUUGAGUCAAGAGCAGAAGAGUGUGUUUGAUGAAGAUCUGCAAAAGAAAAUCGAGGAGAACGAGCGGCUGCAUAUACAGUUUUUUGAAGCGGACGAGCAACACAAGCAUGUAGAGGCUGAGUUGAAGAGUCGGCUGGCCACUCUGGAAACCGAAGCUGCUCAGCACCAAGCUGUGAUUGAUGGUCUGACCCGGAAGUACAUGGAGACCAUUGAGAAACUACAGAACGACAAGGCUAAGCUGGAAGUAAAAUCUCAGACUCUAGAAAAGGAGGCCAAGGAGUGUCGACUUCGAACAGAAGAAUGUCAAUUACAGUUGAAGAAUCUUCAUGAAGAUUUGUCAGGUAGAUUAGAGGAAUCCUUAUCAAUCAUCAACGAGAAAGUACCUUUUAAUGACACAAAGUAUCAUCCAUACAACGCUCUCAACGUUCCUCUGCACAACAGGAGACAUCAGCUGAAGAUGCGGGAUAUAGCUGGGCAGGCCCUGGCUUUUGUUCAAGAUCUCGUGCCGGCUCUUCUGAACUUUCACACCUAUACAGAACAGAGGAUUCAGAUUUUUCCUGUGGAUUCUGCCAUAGACACUAUAUCACCUUUGAAUCAGAAGUUCUCCCAGUACCUUCAUGAAAAUGCGUCCUAUGUCCGCCCCCUAGAGGAAGGGAUGCUGCAUUUAUUCGAGAGUAUUACUGAGGAUACUGUCACUGUCCUGGAGACAACUGUGAAAUUAAAGAUGUUUUCAGAUCACUUAACUUCCUAUGUACGCUUCCUUAGGAAGAUCCUUCCUUACCAGUUAAAAAGCCUAGAAGAAGAAUGUGAAUCUUCCCUUUGCACACCUGCACUGAAAGCCAGGAACCUGGAGCUAUCCCAGGAUGUGAAGCGGAUGACAGCCGUGUUCGAGAAGUUGCAAACGUACAUCACUCUCCUUGCCCUGCCAAGCACUGAGCCAGAUGGACUCCUUCGGGCAAACUACACAUCCGUCUUAACAAAUGUUGGCGCAGCUCUGCAUGGGUUUCACGACGUCAUGAAAGACCUUUCCAAACACUACAGUCAGAAGGCUGCCAUAGAGCAUGAGCUUCCAACAGCAACUCAGAAGCUGGUGACGACAAAUGACUGUGUCCUUUCCUCAGCAGUGGCAUUAACAAAUGGAGCAGGGAAGAUUGCAUCUUUCUUCAGCAACAACAUGGACUACUUCAUUGCUUCACUGAGCUAUGGGCCCAAGACAGCCAGUGGAUUCAUUAGUCCCGUUUCAGCUGAAUGCAUGCUCCAGUACAAGAAGAAAGCUGCUGCCUACAUGAGGGCUUUGAGAAAGCCCCUUGCAGAGUCCGUGCCUUAUGGAGAAGCAGUGGCAAACCGCCGAGUACUUCUCAGCUCCACUGAGAGUCGGGAAGGCCUGGCACAGCAGGUUCAACAGAGUUUGGAAAAGAUUUCGAAACUGGAACAGGAAAAAGAACAUUGGAUGCUAGAAGCACAGUUAGCCAAAAUCAAGCUGGAGAAAGAAAACCAGCGGAUGGCAGAUAGGCUGAGGAGUACAAGCAGUGCACAGCUGCUUGGGCUGGUCCAGGAAAAUGCCACUGUGUCCACAACUCCCUGCCAGGAGGAAGCUGCAGCCAAGGUCCCGUCAGAGCCUGUGCAGAGCGCCAGUCUGAUUGGGAUUUUAACCAGGAUGUCAGACAGUGAGGUCCCGGAUGUGGAGUCCCGUGAAGACCUAAUUAAGAAUCACUACAUGGCCAGGAUAGCGGAGCUCACGUCUCAGCUGCAGCUGGCUGACAGUAAGUCAGUGCACUUCUACGCCGAGUGCCGAGCGCUGUCCAAGAGACUAGCCCUGGCGGAGAAGUGUAAGGAGACGCUGACAGAGGAGAUGAAGCUAGCCAGUCAGAACAGCAGCAGGCUUCAGGAUGAGCUGACGACCACCAAGAGGAGCUACGAGGACCAGUUAAGCAUGAUGAGUGACCACCUGUGCAGCAUGAACGAGACCCUGUCCAAGCAGAGGGAGGAGAUUGACACGCUGAAGAUGUCCAGUAAGGGAAAUUCUAAGAAGAACAGGAAUCGAUAGUUGUCGAGGAGCUGGGCAGUGACUGGACUGUGCCGUCCAGACCGACUACAGCUGCUGCCCGGAGUCCCCGGGCAGACUCCACAACCAAGCGCUUGUGGCCUCCAGGAAGCUGAAGUGCCAUUGGACCUAGUAAACUAGCCAGUGUUGUCCGUGACCUUGAGACAUUUGAAGUACAUUUGUAAACAGCAAGGCAAAUACAGAAUUUGAUGUUGACAGUCAAAUGGAAAACAAUAGACAUAACCAUGGAUAUUGUAAGUUUCCUUAUGCUGUUUUUACUGUGCACUUUUUGAAAUUAGGAUUUAAUUUCAGUAUGUAAGAACAACAAAUAUUUUGUAUAUUUUCAAACUCAAUUAUAUGGUAAUGGAUUUGGUAUCUAUGGUAUAGAUAUAUGUUUCUGGAUAAAAUGCUUAAAUUGUCAGAUGUCAUUAUUUCCUGAAUUGUCAUUUCUUAUAAUUGAUAAUUGAAAGAUGUCUCAGAUUCUUUUUAAACAUUCUCUCCUUCUCCCCAUCCCCCCUUUCUUCCCUCCCUCAUUUCCUCCACCCCUUCUCUUCCCCCAUCUCCUCCUCCCUCCUUCCCUCUCCUUCCCUCCAUCCCUUGGAGGUGACAAGGAGGUGACAAGCCUCGAGCCUCGAAUCCUUUAGAGCCCUUGGGUUUGCUGUCAUGUCUGCCUCUGUGCAGUGCACUCUGUGUUAGAAUAAUUGCUAACAGAAAUUCUGUCAAUAAAUUCAUACCCACAUGAACCUCUCA